AUGGGUUCUUUGAACAAAGAGUAUGAGUUUCUGAGUGAGAUUGGAUUGAGUUCUCAUAACUUGGGAUGUUACGUUGGUGGCAAAUGGCAAGGAAACGGACCUGUUGUGUCUACUUUGAAUCCUGCAAACAAUCAGCCAAUAGGUGAAGUUGUGGAAGCUUCUUUGGAAGAUUACGAGAUUGGUUUGAAAGCUUGUGAGGAAGCAGCGAAAAAAUGGAUGCAGGUUCCUGCUCCAAAGAGAGGUGAUAUUGUGAGACAAAUUGGAGAUGCAUUAAGAUCUAAACUUGACUAUCUUGGCCGUCUUCUUUCGCUUGAAAUGGGAAAGAUCCUCGCCGAAGGAAUUGGUGAAGUUCAGGAAGUAAUUGACAUGUGUGAUUUUGCUGUGGGUUUGAGCAGACAACUCAAUGGAUCGGUCAUACCUUCAGAACGCCCAAAUCACAUGAUGUUGGAGAUGUGGAAUCCUCUUGGCAUUGUUGGUGUCAUCACGGCGUUUAACUUUCCAUGUGCAGUUCUUGGUUGGAAUGCUUGUAUUGCACUGGUCUGUGGAAACUGUGUCGUCUGGAAAGGUGCUCCAACUACACCGUUAAUAACUAUCGCAAUGACCAAGCUAGUAGCUGAAGUUUUAGAGAAGAACAAUUUACCCGGUGCUAUUUUUACUGCCAUGUGUGGUGGUGCUGAAAUUGGUGAAGCAAUAGCCAAGGACACACGCAUUCCUUUAGUAUCCUUUACUGGAAGCUCUAAGGUGGGCUUAAUGGUACAACAAACAGUGAGUGCGAGAUCCGGCAAAACACUGCUUGAAUUGAGUGGAAACAAUGCAAUCAUAGUCAUGGACGAUGCUGACAUACAGCUAGCUGCUCGUUCGGUUCUGUUUGCUGCGGUUGGAACUGCUGGUCAACGUUGCACAACUUGCCGUAGGCUGCUAUUGCAUGAGAGUGUCUAUGCUAAAGUACUCGAGCAACUCCUUGCAUCAUACAAACAAGUCAAAAUCGGUGAUCCUCUUGAAAAAGGGACAUUGUUAGGACCCCUACAUACUCCUGAAUCAAAGAAAAACUUUGAGAAAGGAAUCGAAGUUAUCAAAUCACAGGGCGGUAAAAUACUAACGGGCGGUAAAGCAAUCGAAGGUGAAGGAAACUUUGUGGAGCCUACGAUAAUCGAGAUAUCAGCGGAUGCUAAUGUUGUUAAAGAAGAGCUAUUUGCUCCGGUUCUAUAUGUUCUAAAGUUUAAGUCAUUCGAAGAAGCUGUUGCGAUAAACAACUCGGUUCCUCAAGGUCUAAGCAGCUCGAUAUUCACUCGUAAACCCGAAAACAUCUUCAAAUGGAUCGGACCAAUGGGAAGUGAUUGUGGGAUUGUGAAUGUGAACAUACCGACGAAUGGAGCUGAGAUCGGAGGAGCUUUUGGUGGCGAAAAGGCGACCGGUGGUGGUCGUGAAGCCGGAAGUGACUCAUGGAAACAGUACAUGCGUCGAUCCACUUGUACGAUCAACUAUGGGAAUGAGUUACCUCUAGCACAAGGAAUCAACUUCGGUUAA